UUCAAUCUUUCUCUCGUUGCCGCACAAGCUUCUUCCUUGAUCGUCUUCCAUCUCUUGCUCUCAGGUGUGUUUGGGUAGGAAUGGAGUCACAGAUCAAGCAUGCUGUGGUAGUGAAAGUAAUGGGUAGAACUGGAUCCAGAGGGCAGGUUACUCAAGUGAGAGUCAAAUUUAUUGAUGAUCAGAAUCGUUACAUUAUGAGGAAUGUAAAGGGACCUGUCAGGGAAGGCGAUAUUCUUACCCUACUCGAGUCUGAGAGGGAAGCUAGACGGUUGCGUUGAUGGAGAAUUGCAGUUGCUUCCAUUGAUUUUGCCUCUUUGUAAGUGUGGAUCCUUUUGUUCUGGGGAUGAAUGUGUGAACUGGGUUUGGUAAUUUAAUUGAGUUUUGAUGAUAUCAGCUGUGUGAUCCACACUAGUAGGGCUUGUCAUUGAUGAUUCUUUGUCUUCUUUUCAUAUAUUGCUUAUCCAUCACCUAAUACUCUAUUUGGCAGCACACUUUGCACUUGCAUUUAUAAAUAUUAUAAUCUUUAUGUC